AGAAAAAAAUCUAUCAAUCCUUGGGUGGAGUUUUUUUUCCUCCAUUCUCCACAAGGCAACUAUUUGCCCGGGACACGUACGUGAACCUCCUCAAAUUGGCGCACUAAUCCUAAAAGGAGCCAUGAAGUGUUAAACGGUAGAAACAGAGAGAGCGGCGCUCAGACACCCGCACGCUGGGAGAGAGGGAGGAAACAGCGCUGCUCCAAUGCGUCUGUGCAACACAGACUGAAGAAAAAAAAAACUUAUCGACUCACAAAACCAAAACCUGCGCUGCGCAAUUAGUGCGAGAAAAUCCACUUUUUCCUACGGUUUUGAAGAAAAUAAAUAAAGAAAUCAAGCUGGCUCAGUGCGUGUCUCAGCAGCCCACUUUGACAGGUGCUCCUCACCCCCUUUGGAGGACUGUCAACAGCAAGAGGAUGGCAUCAGAGCUGGCAAUGAGCAACUCCGACCUGCCCACCAGUCCCCUGGCCAUGGAAUAUGUUAAUGACUUCGAUCUGAUGAAGUUUGAAGUGAAAAAGGAGCCGGUGGAGCCCGAUCGCAGCAUCAACCAGUGCAGCCGCCUGGUCGCCGGGGGAUCCCUAUCUUCCACCCCGAUGAGCACGCCUUGCAGCUCGGUUCCCCCCUCUCCAAGCUUCUCGGCGCCCAGUCCGGGAUCAGGGAGCGAACAGAAGGCGCACUUGGAGGAUUUCUACUGGAUGACCGGGUACCAACAGCAGUUGAACCCCGAAGCUCUGGGCUUUAGCCCGGAGGACGCCGUAGAGGCGCUGAUCAGCAGCAGUCACCAGCUCCAGACCUUCGAUGGCUAUGCCAGAGGGCAGCAGUUCGGCGGCGCAGCGGGCGCAGGAGGCGCCAUGGCCGGGGAGGAGAUGGGAUCAGCGGCCGCCGUGGUGUCCGCGGUUAUCGCUGCAGCCGCAGCUCAGAACGGGGCACCCCACCACCACCACCACCAUCACCACCACCACCACACAGGGACACACCACCCCUCCUCCGGGUCUCAGUCCGGCGGCGGCGCAGGGGGAAACCAUCAGCACAUGCGCUUGGAAGACCGGUUCUCGGACGAGCAGCUGGUGACCAUGUCGGUGCGGGAAUUGAACCGGCAGCUCCGAGGGGUCAGCAAGGAAGAGGUGAUCCGUCUGAAACAGAAGAGGAGGACACUAAAGAACAGAGGCUAUGCCCAGUCCUGUCGGUACAAGCGGGUCCAGCAGCGGCACGUCCUGGAGGGAGAGAAGACGCAACUCAUUCAGCAGGUGGACCACCUCAAGCAGGAGAUCUCCCGGCUGGCCAGGGAGAGGGACGCCUACAAGGAGAAAUACGAGAAGCUGAUCAGCACCGGCUUCAGAGAAAACGGAGGGUCCAGCAGCGACAACAACCCUUCAUCCCCGGAGUUUUUCAUGACGUCAAGAAAAUUCCUCCAUCUGUGAUAGAGAGCUGUGACCUGUCGGUCCCGAAACCCUGAAGUCUGAGAUAUCAUGACACUGGAAUGCUGUUUCAAGAACAACCUACGGCACCCAGACUGCCAUAAAGCACAAUGUCUCAAAAAGCGUCCCUUCCUGCCCCGGGCCCUGCCCCCUACUAAAACAGAAGACAAAAAAAGCAAAAAAACAACAACAAAAACACGAGACUGAAAUCAUUCAAGGGAAGAAACACAGAAAUGAAAAGAUCCUGGACACUGUAAAUAAGAUUCUCGACCUUCUGUAUUUGCUAUUCAAAUGGACAAAGAUCAUCCCAUGAAUAU